AUGCUCAUUGUAGCAAGCCAUGCUGUGGAACUGCGGAAUAAGGUGAAAUCUCGGAGAGCUUGGGUGGUGAUUAUUGCCUGCGCAGUGCUGAUGGCAGGGCUUCUGUUCAUCGCUGAAGGUGUGGUACCUGGCGGUCUCUUUCUAGGGACAAACAUAAAGGAUAUCAUAGUGAUCGGCAAGGAGCUAGAGAAUCCUCGCAAUCCAUGGUGGGCUACGUUUGACAAGGGAAACAGCUCAGACACCACUUUUCUGACUGCACCUGUAUCUACAUCUGUAUCAAAGUCUGCAGCUGGUACUUCGUGGACGGCAGUCUACCAGGACAACAGCUCAGUUGACGUCGUUUUGACCACACUGCCUUUGAGGCCGGGAUUGAAAUCACCUGAACCGUACACGGACAACACAGGUAUGGACGAGACCUCCCCAGACACACCCACACUUCUAUUAACUACAGCUCUGCAGUGCCCCAGUGAGUGGAGGAAGUACAACAACCACUGCUACAAACUGGUGACAGACAAAGCCAGCUGGUCUACAGCGAGCUCACGAUGCAAACAUCAUGGUGCAAUUCUUGCCUCUAUCACGGACCGGGCCGAGAACAACUUUGUUAAAAAUCUCAUCUCGAACUAUGAUAGCAGGUUUCCGGCCAUCUGGCUGGGUCUGUAUAAAGAAUCUGGACAAUGGAAGUGGACAGAUGGGUCACGUGUUGACUACAAAAACUGGGCUCCAGGGGAGCCGAGCAACAGUCAUUGGCUCGAGAAUUGUGCCUUCGUGUAUUCCAAG